CUCGCGUCUCUCUCACCUCUCGUCCUCCACUCACUCGCUCACCCUCUCUCUCUCUCUCUCUCUCUCCUUUCUUCUCGCUCACUGAGUCGCAGUAAAUCCUAUUGUGAUGCUAAACUGAUUUUCGGAAGAGAGAUAGAGAGAGACAGAGAAGGAGAGACACGGAGAGGGGAGGUUUGGGUUUCUGUGUGAUCUGAUCUGAUCUGACUGUGGUUGAUUUGGAAGUUUUGAACAUUUCCUCCUCUCUUUGUAACUUUUUAACCUCCUUUAAAGUCCAGUUUCGGCUGUUUUUGGAGUCACUCCCCUCGUGGAUCAGCCUCUCUCUGCGCGUCAGGAAUGCACUUUGCAGGAAACGCAGCUCGGUGCUCGGACACUUUCUUUCCCUUUUGUCGUAUUAACGAGGAUUAAUCAAUGAAUGGAUUAAUGAAUCAAUGAACUGAGGCUAUGAGCUCGUAGAGGAGUCACCGGUAACGACAGUCCGCCGGGCUGCACGGGGCUGAGGACAGAGCAGCCCGCAGACAGCGCUCCCUAGCCCGGCAUGGAGAGCAGCGCUGGCCGGGCGGGAGGAGGAGGAGGAGGAGGAGGCAGCUGGGUGCUGGUGGAGGCCCUGCUGCAGGGAGGAGCACCGUGGGGCUUCACCCUGCAGGGCGGCCUGGAGCACGGAGAGCCGCUCAUCAUCUCCAAGGUGGAGGAGGGUGGUAAGGCGGACAGUUUGGACCAACCCCUGCUGGUUGGAGAUGAGAUAGUCGUCAUUAACGAGGUGGAGCUGACUGGAUACAGACAGGAAGCCAUCGCUCUGGUUAAAGGAUCGUACAAGACGCUGCAGCUCACCGUCCGCAGAGAGUUGGAUCCAGGAUACAUUGAGGAGUUUGACACUCCAUGUUCAUCUCCUCCUGCUCUCCCUCCUCCUUCUCCACCUCCUCUGUCGUCCCAUCCUCGCCCGUCAACGCCACAACAGCGACAACAAACGGCAUCACCAUCACCGUCCCAUCACAGCAGGGCAUGUUCAGCAGGAGGAGUUCAGCUACGUAUCAAGAACAGGCACCGUGAGCCGGCGUCCCGUCCUCACUCAUGGCACUCAACAAAGCUCGGUGACGUACAGCAGGAUCUGGACCAGGGAGGGAUGGACACGAUGAGCAGCGCCUGGCACCACGGCUACCACGCCAGUGCCUCGACAACUGACCUGUCUGGUGGGUUCGACUCUGGCGGUGGCUACUUGAGGAAGAGUCCAGACCAGUACAGCUCCAGAGGCAGCAUGGAGAGCCUCGAUCCUCCUCAGUCGUCCCACCUCCACUCUGGAGCUCAACAACACCACCAUCAUACCAACAGUGGACCCCACCCAGCCUACUCCUCCUGCCAACAGCUGUCAUCUGCCAGGUCCUCCAACAGCAUCGACCACCUCCACAACAAACGGGACUCUGCCUACUCCUCGUUCUCCAACAGCUCCAGUAUCCCUGACUACCUUGCCUCGACGCCCUCCUUCAGCCCGGAGCGUUCAUAUUCGCUGGAGACGGUCCCUCAGAGAGGAGGAGGGAGUGGAGAGUUACAACAGGCUGACAUGCGUUACGUCCGGACAGUUUACGACGCCCAACAGGGGUUAUCUCAAGAACACGAGCUGGGCUCAUCGUCUGCUGCUUUGCUACGCAGCAGCGACUCCAGAGGCAGUGGAGGAACGAGAGCAGGACCUAGCCGAGAUGUUCAAGCUUCAGUAGGUGGUGUUUGUUACCGCGUAAGCAGCAGUGGCAGCAGCAGUGGUGGUGCACCUGCUUCAAACAGACACAGUGUUGGCCCGAUAUGGGUCCCAGCAACCAGCCGCAGCUCCUAUGAGAGCCUGAAGGGGGCACCAGCUCCACCAAGGCGCAGCGACAGCUACGCAGCCAUCAGGAACCAUGAGAGGCCAAACUCUUGGUCCAGUCUGGAUCAUGCCAGGUCACUACGGUCUCUGCAGAAAGGUUCCUGGCAUCACUCCAGUGGUCCUGUGGCUUCAGGUGCAGCUAAAGGCUUGUACAGCGCUGAGGGCCAGCUCCACACAGUCAUAGAGAAGAGUCCAGAGAGCAGUCCAACCACAAAACCCCGACAGGGUGGAGGCUUUCCACAGCCUCCUUCCCCUACAGGACCCGCCCCCCAGUCUGGUAGGUUAAUUCUACCCACUGGCAUGUACCCCGUCCCCCAGCCUGAGCCCCAAUUUGCACAGAUGCCCAGCACCAGUCCAGGACCUGCCUCCUCUGGAGUCUAUCCUGCCCUGACCAAGGAGAACAGCCGGCAACAACACCAGGGGCUGGAAGGUGCCGGAAGGAGACAUGAUGCAGUGACCGAUGGGCAGAGCGAAAGAAGGAUGUCAGCAACAGAAAAUGGAUACCAAAAUAGCACUUCAUCUUCACCAUACCCCUACUCCUCUUCACAGUUUAGAGCUCUACCACAUGAAGACAUCAGGCCUCAAAAAGAAGAGUCUUACUAUGAACACAACAAACCCAAUCCCCUAACUGCUGGAGGUGGAUCAAAGAGCCAGCCAGGGGCAAAAAGACCCCAAAAUCACCAGGGACAUAACAGUCAGGGCUUCCAAGAGUCCCAUAUUCAUCCUAGCCAGGGAUCCCAUGGCCAAGUGUUCCAGGAACCCCACAAAGAAUUUUAUAUUCCCAACAUCCAGUCCACCCAACAAGAAGUCAGACCUUCUUCUUCACAAGACUGGAGGGAACCAUCCUCAUCGGUUCAUUUGAGGGGAGAAAGGAGCAGAUCAAUGGACCAGACCAGCAUUCCUUCAGAGCCGGUGGCAUCGCCCAAACUUGCCCAGGGUCAGGUGCCCCCCACACCCUUGCCUGUCCACCCUCAGCCCCAGCCCCAGGCUCCAACCACCCCUGCCUCCCACCCUUCCCCCCGCCACCUCAGUGACUCAGCAGCUCUGCAGUACCAUCAUCAUUGGGAGCAGGACAAAGACCGAGAACACCCGCUGACCCGCCUGGAGAUCGCCCUUGCCGAAGUCCAACGAUGUACCACCCCGGACAGUGUUUUCUCUGUCAGCAGCCAUGGCAACAGUAACUUUGGAGAAGACAGCCAGGGACCUACUCGCAGCCUCUCUGUGCUGGAGAAAGUCAGUCGUUUUGAGCGUCGGGAACGUGCCGGAAAGCAGCGUAGUCAAAGCACCACCACACCACAUAGAGCCAGCCCACUGAGGUUGAGUGAAAAAGGUCGCAGCACCGCCUGUGGAGCAGAAGAUCUCAGAAACAUGCUGGAGAGAAGCAGCAGCAAAGCCCACCGAACAAUGAGCUACAGAGGAGGCAGCAAUGAACAAAUGAAACAAAGGACCCCAACAGAUCCCAACGCAGCCCUCCAGAGAAGUCGCAGCAGCUUUCAUCUUAAUGAAUCCAGGGAGGGAAACAGCAGUAGAGACUUACCCUGGAGACAGGAAAUCCAUCAGUUGAUGGGCUCAGUGCAGGACACUUCCCCCAACAGAUCUUACAGGGACUCCUUGAUAGACGCCCAGUCUAAGGUCCUUAGGUCCACCUCUUUCAGACGGAGAGACCUGAGCUCCUCCAUCAGCCCUCCACCUCCUGCAGCUUCACCUCCCAUGUUGUCCUCCAGCAGCCAUCAGCCUUCACCCGUCUCUGCUAAAUUCCAAUCCCCGGAGAAAAAGGGCCCUAAGACGAUGCCAAAACCACAGGGCGUCAUCAUCCCAACCCAGUCAUCGCCUCCUAUCACCUCCCCUCAUACCCCGAAGGAGCGAUAUGUGGUCAGCCCAGAUGUUCGAGGUCCAAGCCCACCACCCCUCCCUAGUGUCCCACCUGUCGGACCUCCUGCUCUGCUACGGAUCUGCGGUCGCAAGCGCCUAGCAGCGGACCAGAAGAAGCGGUCAUACUCAGAGCCCGAGAACAUGAAUGAGGUUGGAGUUUCAGAUCCGGAGACUACUGCCCUCUUCAGGCGUGGAGGAGAAACCAGCGUUGCUGAUCGGCGGAAGAUGUUUGAACAAAAUGCUUCAUCAAGAACAGACCUACGUCAGCUUCAACAUGACGCUCUUGCUGAGUACAUACAGAGGAAAAGAGGUGGGAAAAGAGACAAAGGAGGGCAAAAGAGUGGACAGAGGCCUCGCAGCGCUUUUCUACAGGCUGAAAACAGCCACCCUCCAGUGUCAUCCUGUCACUCAGACACCCUCAGCCUCUCCUCCGCCUCCAGCCUGCUCUCCCUCCAGGAGUCCAGCUUCUCCUCUGAAGGGAGGAGUCUCUGCUCCAGCGUCCCUCCAGGGACAGACCUGAGGAGUCUCCAGUCCAACCUGUUCUAUCCAGGCAGGGUGACGUCACCGAGGCCUCCAGCUCAUCCACCACCAGGUGGCUCUCCUCCUCGGCUCCAGGCACAGAGCCUCCAGGAUCUCACCCCUGAGUCCGGGUUCAGCAGGCAGAGUCAGUCAUCCCUCAGAGAUCUCGCUCGCAUCCACCAGAAUCAGACAACAGAGCCUCAAGUUAACCUGGGACUGUCCAAGCAGCUGAACGGGGCUCUACAGAGAGCUGGAUCAGCUCGGGGGUCAGGGAAGUCGGCUUCCGCAGAAGAUCUCCUGGAGAGAACCGAGGAGAAACCAGUCUCUCCUCAACACUACAGAUCACGCUCCUCACCCAUAGUGGAGAGACUCAACCAGGAUCUUCCUCCAGGUGACGUCGGAGUGUUCGAUGUCUUCAUCUCUGAACCCAGACGCUGCUCGCUGGCUGCUGACAGGUCGAUCUCACCUGUAAUCACACCAUCUGAUAAUGCACGUGAAAAUGUCUUUCAUCGACCGACAGACAUCCAGAUAUCAGAAGGCCUUGUCUCUGCUCAACAGUCCAACAAUCUGAACACCGUCCAGCCUGCAGGUCCAUUUAAAGACCCCGGCUUCUCUCACACUCCCGUCACUCGUAGAGAGCGUCAGAGAAAUGGCGAACGACAACGAGCCAACAGCACCUCCACCUUGGCAGCGUCUGUUGGCCUUCCCUGCCCCUUCUCUCCACCUGGGCCCAAAGAUGGAGGCAGCACUGAAUGGCAUGCUAAUGAGAGACUAAGCCAAGCCAACCUGGACUCCAUCACCUUCCCCGGAUUAACACAAACCGACACAGAGGAUGCUGUAACCUCUCCUAGCUACAAUGAAACCUCAGCGAUGGACAGACAAAUGAGACACAGCCUGGGUGAUGCCAGCAAUUUAGAUGACACCACAAAGGACGUUUACAGAGAGAGAACGUUCAGUUUGGACAUGAGAAGAGGACAAUCUGCUGAAAAUGCAUCUGUGACGUCAACACUUGUGACAGAUUUCCAGACUCCAGCUCCACCAAACAAAAGGGAGAACACGCCGUCUCCUCCCUUGUCCUAUCAACAGCGUCUGUCCUCGCUCCGUAUCUCUGAGUCGAACCUUAUCAGCAGCCCCACUGAGUGGCAUCCUCCUCUAAAAGCAGGCCUUUCUCAGGAGGAGUAUGAUGAAGUUUUCCUCCAGAAUCCUAAAAAUCCUCUCAAAGAGACGACCAUCGAGGAUGACUUCCCUCCUCCGCCGCCUCCUGUUGAAUUGGAGCAAGAAGUUGAGCAGACUCAGGAGAGACCUACCCUCGAGGUCUUAAACAACUCCAUCAUCCCCAACAGGAAGUCGAGCCUCCCCUCCCCUCCAACGUCACCUUCCUCCACUGCCUUCCCUCCACCUGUGCUCAGUCACCUUCCUACUCCGAAGCCCACCAGUAUCACCCCCAUCACCACUUCCACUCCAUCAGAGGAAAGCUUUGGUCUGGAGUAUCAGCCGCUACCCAAGAGAGAGAAGACGUCUGAGGAGCAGAGAGUAGAGGAGCUGGCCCGACAACUGAUGUUGCAGGAUGGCUCUCUGGUGCCCCUUCUGGACACAUGGGGAGGUAAAUCCACCGUGGAGCUCAUGGAAGACAUCUUUCCAAACAGCAAAGUGGGUGGGAAAUCUCCCUGGCAACGUAGAGGCAGCAGCCGAUUGGAUGAAAGGAUCCAAGAUGGCGUCUGUGAUCUCACUCAGAGCACCACAACAGAUGGAAGGAAGGAGACCAAUCUGGACGAGGAAGAGAAAGACCUCAACACCAGGAAGGUGGAGCUGUGUGAAGCUCUGAGGAGCAGUGUGGCGGCUCUACGGCGAGAGAAGGAGGCGCUGAGUGAAGAGCAGAGGCGCCACCAGUCGCUUGGUGCGAGCAUCGAGACGUUAGUGCAAGAACACCUCAAACCCAAUGAGAGGGAUAAGUACAGCAUGUUCAUCGGAGAUCUGGACAGGAUCGUGAACCUGCUGCUGUCUCUUUGCAGCCGGCUGUCGAGGAUCGACCGAUCUUUGCUCGCUCUGGAGAGAGACGAUCUGACGCAGGAAGGAGUGGCUGAGGAGAGGGACUCCCUCCAUCACAAGCGCUCCCUCCUCCUCUGCCAGACCGAAGACGCCCGCGAGCUCAAGGAGAACCUGGACCGGCGGCAGCGAGUCGUCCACGCCAUCCUGUCUGGCUACCUCACCGAUCCGCAGCUGCAGGACUACCGCCACUUCGUCAGCACCAAACCCUCCCUUCUGAUUCACCAGCGGCAGCUCGAUGACCUCAUACGGCAGGGGGAGGAGCAGCUGACGCGACUGGCCGAGAGCCUGCCGCAGGAAGUGGCGGAGGCUCACGGCUGGUCCAGAGGAUUUCCAUUCCUGUCGUCAAGCCCCGCCCACUGCUCUUCACCUAUUCCUACGCUGCUCCCGCCCUCUGCGACUCCGGCUCACUCUGUCAGGUCUACGACGGUGACAUCACUGUGAUGUCAGGGAAAGACAAACAGCUCCUUUAAGAUUUUAAAUGAAGGAUUGAUGUUUCUGAACGCAGCUCUGAUCACACUGAAAUACCUAUGCAGACAUGAAGAAGAACCUUUAAUGUGCCUCGAUUUAUUUACAUCUGACUUUAUGUUACACGUCUGUUUGCCUCAACAUCAACAACCGCCGCUGUGUGGACUCAACUCACUGCCAACAUCUCUGCCAACCCUCAUUCUCUGUUUAAAGAUCAUUCUAAAAGGCCAUCAGGUGUUUUUUAGCUAACAAGAUCAUUAUCAGAUAAUUCAAAGGUCAUUUUUCCAGCUAUUAUUCACACUGUCUUUUUUUAUAAUCAUGAUAUGUUUGGGUUUGAUAUUUAUAUAAUGUCUAAAACAUCAUACAGUCAAGAUAAAAGCAGGAUUUAAAGCUGUAAAGGUCAAAUCAGCUUUAAUGUAUGAAUUUAAGGUUAUUUUUCAAAGUUCUUACUACUUUGGACUUAUAAACGGUAAUUCAGGUAUAUUAUCAAACUUCGUCCAAGUUAUUUGUUUUGCAUAUUUGGGCUCUUGUUGAUCAAUAGGGACAAAAAGGUUAAGAAUUGCUUCACUAAGCUGCUUAAACCUGCAGAAGAACUGCUGCAACAAAAUCUUAAUGGCAAAAUGUGUUCACUUAAGCACCAACUUGAAAAAGUCCUCUCUGAAUGAAGGAAAACCACAACAGUCACAUUGUCGUCAUGCAUAAGUGUGCCACACAUGGAUUUAAAAAAAGCAGCUGGGAGCCUCAGACUGAUGUAACUCCUGGUUAUGGCUUAGCAAUAGCUAUGUCAAAGUAUCAAUUACUGACACAUUUAUAUAAAGUCACAGAGGUGGAAUUGUUUUCUGAUCUCUGGAAAGUUUAUGUGGCAUAAAAACUGCAGCACACUUCCAUCAACUCUUUCAGACAGUAGACUUAUCUUUACCAUAAUCAAUGCAGUGCUGUUAACAACAUAGUCAUUAGAUGCUUUAGACCAAUUUGCAUGAAAAGGGUAUUUUUCCCAAAAUACUGCAUAAUGGCUCAGUGUCUCUGCGUGCUGGUGCAUAUUUGUAGUAUAACAUAAUAAGGGGAGCAUCAGCGCUGUGCCUUUGAAUUUUGACUUGCACAAGCUCCAUGGUCCAUUGUGGGCAAUAUUUUGAUAUCUUGCUGCAGGCCAGUUAAAAAUGGAUUGCAGGGCCCCGUAGUUUGGACAUACCUGCCCUAUAACAAAAUUUAAAGCCACAGAAACACAAAAACAAACCAAACAAUUAAAGUGUAAGCCUAUUUUCUGGUAAAAUUAGAUCUGGUUUUGCUUGGUUGGUGGAGUAGUCGUCAAUGUGCAAGGGCUGCACAGCUCAGUACAAGGGCUGCAAGUUGGGGUCCAGUCCUAGCACUGUUUGGUGCAGGUCUUCCCCAAGUCUCUCCCCAGAUUUCCUAUCUCUGUUAAGCUAUCCUUUCAAAUACACCACCCAGCUGAAAAUUUGGAUUUCUGUCAGUGGAAAUGGUGGCUUUGACAAGAUCUUUAGACUUUCUAAUUCAGGAAAAGCGACUUUUUUAACAGUGAGUCUUUAGUGUGUAGGGAUCCUUACUGUAAUGUUGCUGCACACUAAAAAAACAAACAAAAAAAAACUGACAAUCUGUUGAGAUCAAAACCUUGAAUUUCUUGUGAACACAUUUGCCCUGAGGAUGACAUUGAAGCCAUGGCAGUUCUAUCAGCUCUGGACAAAAGCAACCUAAUGAAGCAAUUAUAAAACUUUUUAUAUUCAUGAGUCAUUUAGACCCAAGUAUAGAAAAAAAAAAUACAAGCACAUAAAAAAAAAAAUAAAUAAAAGAAAUAUCUCCUUUGACCUUUAAUAACCCUCAUGGUGCUUUCAGGGCCCUCAAACAUUCAGACUCCCCUCAAAGGUUGCCUUGUUUUAUAAUGAAUUAUGCAGGUGUUUUAACUCUAAAAUCCACGUACUCUUAUUUUCAAAGUUCUUUUGUAUUAUUUCUAAAUUUAAGAGAAGUCCUGCUCGCCUUCGCACAUGUACAGUGAAUUUUUAAAAACACCAAAAUGUGGAGGGAUGCCGUUUAGAAAGACGGAGAGAUAAACAUAAACGGAGAGUAUAAAUGAAGGGUUAACUGUUCUUGUUUUUAUUCACUGUCACAUAAUACUGUAACACUACUACUGUCACUACUGUCUGGAGCACUUUUAGAGUAUUUUAACUACUGUUUGCAGCAGAAUUUACACUGAAUCAUCCCCAUAUUUCUCACUGUGCCUCAAUGAGUAGAUGUGUUGAAACAUUUGAAGCUGAAAUUUUAAAAAUUGAGAUCCCAAAGAUUUCCCCUUUACAAACAUGAACUCUAUUCAUGUUCUGAUUUGAGUUUUUUUGGUCCAAAAUCAGAUUUUUUUUUUUUACCUCUUAAUGAAAAUUCAUUGCAAAUUAUCUCAGUAUUUCAGGUCUAAGGAGGUUAAGAUAGAGAUCAACUUUACAACAUAGCAGAAAUAGAUGCCCUGAAACCUGUUCCCACAGGCCCAGGUCAUCAAGUUGAAUAAAAAUUAAUUAAAUUAAAUUUAAUGUCCAGAACAUCAAGAAAAGCAGCAAAUUGUUACAACCAAAAGCCAAUUAAUUUAUAUAUUGUAAAAUGAUAAGGAGAAGUUUUAAAAUGAAAACUAAUGUAAAUAAGGAAUCAAAUUUUGAUAAGUGUCCUGUAAAUCACAUAAUUUAUGAAUUUCUUUUUUCUUUGGUUUAAACACAUUUUUAAGAUUCAAGAGCAAAAUGUUCAACAUGUUAGAGAAUGAUCUCCAUCUCAUGCUAUUUUUGCAAACAGAAAGUUAAGACAAGAAGUCAAAAGAACAGAAUGGAGUUAAAUAAAAGAUAUGUAAGCUUGUCCUCUUAGGGCUUCCAUAGUUUGGGUUUAUUAGAGAGACAAGUAAUAAAAGGAAUGAUGAAAAUGUAAGCUUUAGAGGCUGAAAUUUCCGGACUUUUUAUCCCUUGUUUGAUCCCUCCACAAACACACACACUACAACUCCCAUAAUCCUACUUGAUAACUACUUUUUAUUAGACAUUCUUUAUCAACAUUUUAAAACCCCUUUGCAUUAGUUUAUUGUUCAGGUUUUUGUUUUUUGAAUUCUCGAUGCUGAUCACUGCUGACGUCAAUGUGGUGAAAAUGUUUUUUUCACCUUUUUAACCUGUUUUACACCAUUCACAUGGAUCUGGAAGUAUUUUUACUACCGUCAUGAAAAGGUAACAUUAACAAAAGUUUCUGUGGUGCAACCAUGAAGUAUUUAUUUAUGUAGAAGUAAUGAAUGUGGCAGAUUUGAUCUGUGAAGUAAACGAAGAUGAGGUGCAAUAAUCAGCAGAAAAAAAACAAUAAAUCACUGUCUCUUACUUCACUAUCACUCAUAAUAAUCUCAAUAUGAAGUGCAGAAGCAUCAGUAUGAUAGAACUAUUUACAUCAAACUAUUUUGUGUCAUUUAUUUGGGGACUCCAAACAGCACAAGAAGAAACAGAUCCACAUAUCCAUAUCUAACUUUUAAUGAAAGGAGUUUUCACACAGCUGAAGUGCUUAUCAUUGUGUUUUUACACUUUUUCAUUUUUCACCUUCAUUUCCUGUUUGUUUUAGUUUAAAGAGCACAUUUGACAUAAAUAUUCCCAUAUUCUGUAUACAUUAAACUGUCUUAUGCUCUUAUCCAUUACUCAGAUUUUACUGUUGAUUAUUGUUUGUAUUUGCUCUUUUGAUUUUCAGAGGCACAGCAGAUUAUCUGAGGUGUGUUUUGGUUUGUUAUUAAACGAUAUUCAAAGUUCACUUUAUGAAAGAAGGACUAUUGAGAAACAACUCUUGUGUUUUUUGCAAAAUAAAUGAAUAUUUUGUAAAGGA